GAGGUAAUUACUGCUAAAUAUAAUGUCACCCCAUACUAUGCUUUUUAGCCUGUGGUGUUGCUUAUAGGGCGUGCAUUUAGACGAGCAGGUCGAGGCAUUGAAACGUAGCGAUUCUUGUCUCAAUAGACAUUAUGCAAGAUUCAAAGAGCUCUUCUUCCGCUGAGUACCGGUCGAAGCCGAUUGAGGCCACCGACGCAAGGAACCGCUCGCCCGACCCGACAGACAGACGGUGGCAAUUGGUGACCGGCAGUUUGGUUAACCUUACGCAACAGGAGCAUUCUUCUCCCCGCAAAAGGCCCGGAUGCGCGUCCCUCUCACCUAGAUUUCGUCGUCGUCGCCAAGAACACGGAGGCGACCGGCAAUCAGGUGCCUUCGACCUAAUGGUGCGGCCAGUUUAUGACAAGGCGCCAGAAGACGUGAAGUUGGAAGACACUGACAUGUUUGACAACCCGGCGGGGUUUAGUACGCCACACGCUGCUACGAGCGCCGCGCAUUGGGGGUCGCUCAUGUCCGGUGCAACUCCACGCAGUAAGCGAGAACAGAUAAAUGAAGCAGAUUCUGCUCAGAGUCGAGGGUCUAUUAGCUCAAGCAUCUCUCUGGUCCAACCACCUCCCCAGAGCACAGCACGUGAAAUCUGCAGCAUUGGAGGCAGUGUGUCCCUCAGUCAACUGAGGAGUCGUCGUCAAACAUCUGUACCACUGGGGACGAUGACAAUUAACCAGGGUAAAAUCGAACUCAAAGUAACAGUUAAGUGCUUGUCAUCCUCUCCUGACGUGAUGCUCAAACUCACCCCAAAGAUCCCUCGUCGUUGCCGCAACAGGGAGCUCCUCACGAUGCCUCUCAAAGCCAUGAUUACGGUGUCUGAGACAUCGAGUGAACCGGAAGACGAGUUUCAACCACGGAAGACGACAAGAGACUUCACAUUGGAAGAUCAUAGUCUGCAGUGGACUCUGUUUUGCGAAGCGGAUUGGGCGAAGCCAAACAACGGCGUGGAAAAGAUUUACGUUUCCAUUAGAGUGACUCACGAGCACCUGACUAUGCGACAUGAUGCAGACUCAGGUUUUGUCACAAUAGGUAAGUUGCCUACAGAGCACCCCCCAAUUAUACUCUCAAUGCAUCUAUGGAACAAUUAAAUACUACCUACUACCGUAAUUCUGCAGAUCCACCUCCGUGAACUGCAAAAUAAUCCAGAAAAGAAAGAAUGUCAAGCCGUCUCGGUGGUGUAUAUAUAAUACCUAGGUGUAGCCAAAAUGUAUUCCACAUGCAUGUGUAACUGAAGAAAAAAUUGACUGUGUAUAUAUACUAUUUGCUAUACCCUCAUCACUCUAAAUGUAUGUAUUGAUAAGAACAGCAAUGUGA